AUGCUCUCCGCAAGAACUGUCCUCACUCGGACCGCCCGUCUCAGCAAUGCUCGUCUCAACAGCACACUCGUCGUCGCCGAACACGACGAAACGAAGCUUGCGCCGAUCACUUUGAAUGCGAUCACUGCUGCUGGAAAGCUCGGAAACGACGUAUCCGUCCUUGUCACAGGAGCGAACGCCCAGAAAGUCGCCGAGCAAGUGGCCAAAGUGAAUGGAGUGAAGAGAGUUCUUGUUGCUCAGGAUGACAAGCUCAAGAACAAUUUGCCAGAACGCGUCGCUCCGGUCGUCUUGGCCUCGCAGAAACAAUUCAACUUCUCGGCAAUCACCGCCGGCUCGUCGGCAUUCGGACGUGGUCUGAUUCCACGUGUCGCCGCGAAACUCGACGUCUCCUCGAUUUCUGAUAUCACUCAAGUGCAUUCUGCUGAUAGUUUCACACGCACUUUGUACGCUGGAAACGCUGUGAAGAAGGUGAAGAGUAGUGCCGCCGUCAAGCUUCUCACCUUCCGUGGAACCGCAUUCGAGCCAGCCAAAGAGGGCGGGUCUGGAGCUGUUGAGAAGGCCCCAUCCGCCGACAUCGCCACCGACACCAGCGAAUUCCUGGGCCAAGAAUUGUCAAAAUCCGAGCGCCCCGAUCUCGCCACCGCCAAGAUCGUCGUUUCCGGUGGGCGUGGUUUGAAGAGCGGAGACAACUUCAAGCUGAUCUACGAGCUCGCCGAUAAGCUCGGAGCAGGAGUCGGAGCAUCUCGUGCUGCUGUUGAUGCAGGCUAUGUGCCGAAUGAUAUGCAAGUUGGACAGACUGGAAAGAUUGUGGCGCCGGAGUUGUACAUCGCUAUCGGAAUCUCUGGAGCCAUUCAACAUUUGGCUGGAAUGAAGGAUUCGAAGACGAUCGUCGCCAUCAACAAGGAUCCAGACGCACCAAUCUUCCAAGUCGCCGAUAUCGGACUCAAGGCCGAUUUGUUCAAGGCAGUGCCAGAGCUCACCGCUGCUCUCAAAUAA